CUCAUCGCGGACGCGGAAGUGUAAAGCGCGAUGUUUUGAAAGUAGCUUAAGUUUGAAUCUUAAUAACAGUAAUAUGGACUGUUCACGUUAUUGUUCUGCUUUUAGACAGUUCUUACUAAAUCGCAGGUUUGAGUAAGAUUACCUUUAGAAGAAGUAAGCAUAGUGAACGAGCUAGCUAGAAAGCUAGUGGUGAAAGGUGUCGUAACUUUCGUUUCGAGUGACCAUGCAGCUGAGGUCUCGGACGCCGGAAGCGUUUUCAGGAGAUGAAGAUGAUGAUAAUGAGAAUAAUGAUGCUACACACCAAGCCACAAUGAAGAUGAGUUCAGAUGAAAGCAGGUUGAGCCGCGUGAAGUUUCGGUAUCAGCGUUUCAGGUCUCCGGUGCAGAGAUACUGGAGAAGCCAGUGGCCAGCCCGGAUCUGCUCCAUGCUGUGCUGUUUGCUCUUUGUUUCAUUUAUUGGUAUAUUCUCUUCCUUCCUGUAUGUUAUUCUGAAAGAUCUUCGGACAGAGAGAGUUACCAUUGAAGAUGGAACAGAAGUAAGACUUCUGGGCUUUUGGAGUAUGUUGGUUCUCUCAUCCUUGGCUGGAGUGUUGUGUUGCAGUUUUUCCUGGACUCUAACCUACUUUGACUCAUUUGAGCCUGGGAUGUUCCCCCCCACACCACUUUCUCCAUCCAAAUUCAGGAAGAUGACUGGCCACUCCUUUCAUAUGGGCUACAGCAUGGCUAUACUCAAUGGCAUUGUGGCUGGACUCACUUUCUUCUGGUUUCUUAUUUGAGAUGUACACACUUGUGUACCCUGCCAUCUCAUCAUCAUGAUCGCCAGGCACAUAUGGGUAAUUUAGAGUACAAUGCAAAUUACAGUCAUUAUGUUGUUUCAUCUUUCUUUUUUUGUUAUUCCUAUAAAGUGUUAAAGCACAGUUCUGUUACUUAUUCAAAAGCACAUCAUACCUGCAACAGCUUUCAGCUCUAAACAGCAAAUUAGAAAUUACACUUGCCAAAAUGGUGUUCUUAAAGGAGAACUGAAGUCAUUUUUAAACUUUCUUUCUUAAUGUGUUACUCAAUUACGUUUUCAGUUUUAGUAACCUUAUAUCAUGACUCGGCAACUAAUUACAAUUAAAUAUUAUACUUAUCGGCCUAUUCAGUUUUUAGCCAUGUUGAAUUUAGUUCGUUUGGACCACGGCAGGCGUCACUUUUCUGCGCGAUCUUCACGAGACUUGUGCGAGACUUAGAAACAUGAAGUAUCAGCCAGGGGUCAGUGCCGCCAUUUUGAAAACUGUUUUGCGAACGAAAUAUUGCACAAAAACGAGUUUAAAUGACUAUUACUGCUUACUUUUUUCAAACUUUACUGAUUGCUAUCAAAACAAACAAAACUUCCAGCUUGAUUACAUCAGCAUUCGAAAGAGGGUGCGCGCGCGUCUUUUGAGAAUGUUGGCAGAUGUUGGUCACUUUGAUUUCCGCUGUACGUUUUACUUCCGCCCUACAAUGUCUCGCACAGGUGUCAACGAAUCUCAUUUACGGCCAUUGCUUUGACAUAUGGACUGAUAUCGAUUCGGAGACCAGGAUGGACAAACAGAGUAGUCGUGUAAAAGAAUGCGUCUACUCGCCCCAAGACCAAACGAUCCCAAUCUUAUCUGCUUUCGGCCCCCUCAGACAGCACUGGCCUCGGUCAAGGCCGUUGCUGGAACAAUAACUCCCCCUGAAGAUCACUGCAGUGAGACGCUUUUGCAUUCCUUCCCCCACUUCCCACGGUUGCCGCUUUUUACCCCCAGUGUGACAAGUGGGUGCACGACCAGCACGUCAUGGCUGCAGGAACGGACGGCUGCUUGCUUGCGCUGGGUGAUCGCUCUCCCCCCUCAAGUCCCGAGUUUUCAUGUUGUAAAGUGUACUCAUUUUGUGCUUAUGUGCUGAGGUGUUUUUUUUUUUAAAUGUUCCCCCACUGUACUCCCCACUGGAGCAUAGUGUGGGGGUUGCUUUUUCUCCUCCCCUCUCCUCAUGUUACUCUGUAUUUUUCUUUCUAUCCCUGUAUUCCCGUCCUGUCUACUCCCCCUCUGUCAAUUGUAUGUAUGUGUAUAUGUACGGACGGGUUGAUGGCCAAUUUCGCUGGUACUUGUGACUAGUGACAAUAAAGGGUUCAUUCAUUCAUUCAUUCAUAUAUUACAUAGCAUAUUUCAAACACUCGUAACUUGCUAUAGCAGUGACAAAAUAGCUAUCAAAAAUGCAUUCCUAUAUUUAAUAAAAUGAGAGAGAGAAUUUUGAUAAAAAUGUGCCUUCAGUUCUCCUUUAAGGAUCUGGACCCAGGUCUCUGAAAGCUCCUGUUUGUUUAUUCGAAUAAACAAAUCUAGCUUUGUUUUAUAUACUAAAAGAACUUGAAUUAAAAUAGGAUGGUUACGUGUACAAUAACCCUAACCCUUGACUACGUCAUUGCUUGUUUACCGCAAUGCAUUAUGGGUGAUACCUGGGGUCAGCUCUACCGUAUUGUUUACUUUCGCCUUUGUUAAACACUGCAUUGUUCUGUGUAACCGGUUUUAACCAUGCCGCCUAAAGUGAAUUGCUGUGUGCCUUACUGUGUCUCCACAACAAAGAGAACACCUCAUUUGAGCUUUUAUCAGCUGCCAGUCAAGAAGAAGAGAAGAAAGAAAUGGAUAAGUUUAAUCCAUCACGAAAACCUCCGAAUUGAAUCGAAAUGGACAAGUGUUUUGUAGCUUACAUUUCUCUGGUGGGAAAAAGUUGUACUUAAACUGUGACCCAGCAAUAUUUCCAUGGUCUGCGGAACGGCCUUCGAUUAUAGAAGAUUAUAACAAUCGACACUGUUCAUCGUCGGAAACUAGUGAUAUUCCAAAGCCUGCAAAACAAAGAAGCAUUCUUCGGCCUUUGCUUCUCAACGUGCCAAAGCCGAACGAGCCUGUCUGACUGAUAAAACUCCCAAACCACGAAAGGUUCUCUUUUAGGUGUGUAUAUAACGUUCAGUGUACCUCACUAGUGGCAUUUACUGAAGAAAAUGCAUUUAUACUGAACAUGACACGGCAGAUCGGCGGGAUUUUUUUUUUUUGUAACUUAUCACUUAUUUAUAAAUGUUCUGAUAAGACAGUCUGAGAUUUGAUGAUGUUGUUGUACAGUGUGGUAGACUUGGUCUGGAGUCUUACCUUUUCACCAAGCUUGAUUUGGAUUCCGAUUUUCCUGCUGUAAACCCUCGACAUGUUAUCCACCUCUUUAAAUCGCCGAUUUCAUUGUCUUCCAUGACGGAGCAUGGCAAAAUCGCUCCUCUCACAUCGCUGUCAUGUAAAAUUAAUCAACCAUCUGCUAUAUUACACAACUACCGACCCAGCUAUCCCCCAUAAUGCAUUGCGGUAACAAGUGAUGACGUAGUUAUGCUUGGGGGCUAUUCUAAUGGCGUACAAAACCGUUUAUCUCCCAUAAAUUUUGGAAGAACUGGAAAGUUUCUGUGUUGUAACUCAGUAGCCGUGUUUCCAUUAACUUACUUGAUGCGCAAUUAUUUGAAAUUGCGAGCUAAAAAACAAGUAAUGGAAAUGCGUGAAUUUUGAAAAAAAAAAACUUUUACGUUCACAUGAGGUGAUUUUCAGAAAAUGUGGAAAGACUUUUUUUUUUUUUUUGCAUUUAAGUCACAUGCAUGACAUGAGCAAAUAGAAACGCUACCUUUUUGAAAAAAAGAGCACUAUGUAAAGAGCUAUCACAAGAAGAGAAAGCCCAGCUUUAAUCGCAUAGCGUCACUCAUUGGAAACACAGACCGUUCACAGUUGUUUAGUCUCAUCUCAUCUCAUUAUCUCUAGCCUCUUUAUCCUGUUCUACAGGGUCGCAGGCAAGCUGGAGCCUAUCCCAGCUGACUAUGGGCGAAAGGCGGGGUACACCCUGGACAAGUCGCCAGGUCAUCACAGGGCUGACACAUAGACAACCAUCCACAUUCACACCUACGGUCAAUUUAGAGUCACCAGUUAACCUAACCUGCAUGUCUUUGGACUGUGGGGGAAACCAAGCACCCGGAGGAAACCCAUGCGGACAACAUGGAAAGGCCCUCACUGGCCACGGGGCUCGAACCCGGACCUUCUUGCUGUGAGGCGACAGCGCUAACCACUACGCCACCGUGCCGCCCCAGUUGUUUUGUUGAAAUGUUAAAAUAUUGCUGCUGUUGUGCGCAAAACUGAAAUGGAAACGCGGCUAGUGAUGCAGAAGUAAUGUUUUAUCAUCACAUCUGUAAUGCAUUAGAGUUUUGAUUUUUUUUUUUAUUGUUGGUCCAUGACAUCAGUUGUCAGUGUAAUUAACACAGCUAUAACUUUACUACUUUAAAAUGAAUGAAAUGUGCAUUUUAUGUGAUUUAAUGAAACAAACAGCAAACCUCUUUUGUAUUUUAAUAAUGCAAACAGUCUUGUAAUGAAAUAUGGUUGUUGAGAGAGGUGGAGAUUGAACAUAUUUUGCAAUGAUUUGCUUUCUGUUUGAAACUAAAUUAGCUAACACUGCUUCAGUUGAUACUGAGAUUUAAUAAUGUUUAGUUAGAACAUUUUUUACCUCCUGUUUGAAUGAUUGCAUCUGCCAGGAAAGGAUGUCAUGAACCCUGUGUACCUUUCUGUAUGAAUGUAAAUGAUCAAAACCACAAGCUUGUAAACUGUUGCCUUGUAAUUUAAUUAAUUUACAUGUGGGAUUUAAUCUGGUGAGAUCUUAUUCCAAACACCUCGGGCUCCUCUCUCCCAUGCUGUAAGGCUGAUAAGGUGUUGUAGGAAAUGUCCAAGUCAUCGUCGUCAUCAUCAGAGAAAGGAUCUCAGGUCUGGGCUCACAGUCACACUUGUAUCAAGAAGGUAUGCAAAUCAUUGCACUGGAGCUAAAGAUGGAUUUUUUUUUUUUUUUAAAUGGACCAUCUCAGCCAUAAACAUACUAAUUGUUUCAUAUAUGAGUGAUCAUUCCUGCUUAUGUGUGUAUAUACUGUAAAGGUCUUACUUGGAUGCUUCUAGACAAAGAGUAACCUUAAGGGGCUUAGCUCUAUCCAGUUGGGGGACACCUUAUGGCCUUUCAGUAGAAUUUUUUUUUAAGCAUAUCUUGUGAUGUAUUCCUAUUUGUCAUAUACACUCACUGGCCACUUUAUUAGGUGCACCAUCGACCUGCUGUUUUAUGCAGUUAUCUAAUCAGCAGCAGCACAAUGCAUAAAAUCAUGCAGAUACAAGUCUUCAGUUAAUGCUCACUUCAAACAUCAGAAUGGGAAAAAUUGCGAUCUCAAAGUAUGACUUUCUUUCACUGUGGCAUGGGUGUUGGUUUGAGCCAGACGGACUGGUUUGAGUAUUUCAGAAACUGCUGCUCUCCUGGGGGAAUUUACACAGAAUAGUGCGACUAAACAUUGCGUGAGCACUGACAGUUCUUGUGGGUGGAAACAAACGUCUUGUUGAUGAGAGGUCAGAUGAAAAUGGCCAGGUUGGUUCGAGCUGCCAGGAAGGAUAUAGUAGCUCAUAGCAACUCUGUACAACCGUGGUGAGCAGAAAAGCAUCUCAGCAUGCAACAGCAGAAGACCGCAUUAGGUUCCACUCCUGCAGCCAAGAACAGGAAUCUUAGAAUCAAGAACAAGUUCGUAUUAAAGUGGCCGGUGAGUGUAUGUGUCUUAAUUUGUUCAGUUCAGUUGUCUCAAUUUGUUCAGUUUAGUUGGAGAAUAGCUCCAAAUUCUCAUUCAGCAGUUCAGGGGUAUUUAAAAAUUUUUUUACUUAUUUAGUCCUCAGGUUGUGUGUCAUUUAUCAUUUAAUCAUGUAUAAAAGAACAAAGGUCAAUAAACACACAUCCAAGUA